CACAAUAAUAAUAGAUAUAUAUGAAAUGAGUUCGCGAGCCGGAUAUAAUUGUACGCCGGGCCGGAUGUGGCCCGCGGGCCUUGAGUUUGACACAUGUGCUUUAGAAGAAUGAUUUCCCCACAAAAUCAAAUUACAUGUUUUUCUCUUACCUGUAGUAGAGGGGGAAAAAUUUGAUUUUAGGAUGAACUGCUCUUUUAAUAUUUUUUAAAUAUUUUUUUCUUGCGCUUUCAUCAAGUUAAAAUUUAAAUUUGUCUGAUACUUUGUUUUAUAUUUGCAAAAAUAGUGACAUUCCCGUUAGCCUCAGCUGUAGCCACAUGCUAACACACUAAACCAAGACGUCAAUACGUUGCGUCCCUGAUAAACACCAGCAAGUUUGGAGGUUGCGCUUUCUGUUCCACCUCCAAAGGAUAUUUCCUUCUUCCGUGUGGAGAGGGAACAUGUACUGAGGAGAGAGCUUCAGGUGGCUGAAGUGUUGCCGGUUGGGUCUCAGGCUGACGUCAUGCAGAGGGAGCUGGAUAGCUGCUUGAGUUUAGAGUACACUGCCAACAGUCUGCCUCCACUGCUGCACCAGUUUUAUACCGACAGAUCGUAUCACUUGGCUCACAUCAAAUACCUGCUCAUGCUGAGAUGGAGGAGAUUCUGCCGCCACUCCAGCGUCAUUGAGAGACUUUAUCCUCAUUACAAGGAUCAGGUGUCGUAUUUGACGAGCGAGUACGAGGACGCCAUCCAGAGAGCUCGCAGACUGUCGCCGAGCAGAGAGAAGAUCCUGACGGGCCGGGGAGAUCCAGCGAACCUGCUGUGUCAGGAUGAUGUGGUCAUCUACCUGCGGUGGCUGGUCUGCCACCUGCACUCUGUUCAGACCAUUCACAGCUUCCUCAGGGUGCUGCACUACGUACCAGCUUGUGAAAUGAAAGAAAAAGAGCCACAACCAAAGGCCUGCGAGGAAACUUCACAAAAGACUCGACAUGCUGACGGUUAUUCAGGACUGGCUGCUGAUGUUCCCCUGCACAGCGUUCACCUGGAGGAGUUUCUACCUGAGCUGCAGGCUCUGAUCGCUCACUUCCACCUGUCCUACGACACUCGAAAACUCAGGACCGCCGCAGACGAGAUGGAGCUAUUCAGCAUGGUGUGGAGGGAGUUCAGAACGACUUUCAGACAGCAAGAGAAGAUGAGGACGUUUCCUCAGUACGAUGGCACGGAGGUCAAACACAGCCAGUGGGGGAGGAGGAGCGCGGCCACGGCUCUGAGGAAGGAGGCCAACUGGAUCCCCUUCAUUCAGGUGAAGCCCAGAAGGGAUCCGUGGCAGCAGAAGCUCAUCGCAAAGCUGAAGGAAAGGAAAUGUGUUGAUGAGCUGCUGAAGAUGCACAGCAGGUUUCUUCAGGUCCCUGAUCUUCUCAGUGUGGCUGCGGCUAUAAAGGAACAUGCCGCUCAUGUUGGUGACGUACACUCUGCACCGACCUCCUCGGUGUCACACGGCGGGCAGACAAAACGACAGAGGAUCUCGGAGAUCUGGACGAGUAUUUACAGCGCCGCCUCGCUCACUCAGGAAACACAUAUUCAGUCAACCAGAUCUGGAGUCCCCGACAAAAGGAGGGUGAAGAGUCACACCUCAAGUGCGACGAGUGAAAGAUACUCUUUAGAUGACAGCAUGCAGCUCCUGGCUCUGGAUGAUAAUUUAGAGGAAAGAACUUCAGAUCCCAUUAUAAGCAGAGGUGCUUACCUGUCUCUGAUUUACCUGCGUCACCUGAAACUCAGAGAGCUCCAGCGCGUCUCUCUCGGGCUGCUGAACUACCUGCGCUCGGUGGAGAGGACGCUGACCUUUGACCUGGCGGGUCUACAGGUGGAGGAAGGAGAUCUGUGCAGCACAGCGGAGGAAACAGGAUGGAUGAAUGCAGCCAGAGGAGGACGAGCAGGCGAGGCCGGCGGUCUCGGCUCGCUUCAGUUCAGCUACGACACUCCUGUUGACUGUAAGGUCCGUUGCUCAGAGUUCAUGGAGUUUGCAGAGGUGGAGAACCUUCAUGAUUUCUACAGCGCGGAGGGCCAGUUGGUCCACACUCAGGACCAGAGAGGCUUUUACGUCGUGUACGACGCGGCUCUGAAGGACCUGGAGGAUCUGGAGAACGAGCUUCUUCUGGUCGGCUCACGUUUCAUUCACAGUAACAGGAUCAGGAAAAUGGGAAACGGAGAGAGAGCGGAUGUCCACUCCUGGGCCGGGACAGAUGUUGACCGUGUUGCAGUGCUUCUUGACUUGUGGACAUGUGAGACAGAGUAUUUGGAGAGCAAAGUUCAGCUCUUAAACUGUUACUUUGAGGCGUACCAGCAUGCAGCAGGGACUGAGGAGAAGUUCACUCUGGCUCGAGUUAUUACUGAUGUCAUGCACAGCAGGCCACAUCUGGACCUGAACCUGGACUACUUUGUUCAGACCUACAGAGCUGAGACAGGCUGCCUGCGAAGCCACCAGCAGCUGAUCAGAGACAUUUUGGACAGUCAGAUUGAAAAACAGCGGCGGUACCUCCAACGCAUCUGGAGAGACGACCGCAAAGGUUCUGUUCACGAUUAUGGCCUUCCACCAAACUACAUUCCCAAACAUCUGGUCUCACUUGGUGGCAGCAGCCCUGCACUGAUGGACAUUUUCCUCCUGGAGGUUCAUCCGUCCCUCUGCCUGGCUGCUGGUGUCUAUGACGGUUUGGUUCGGGCUCACACGGAGCUCUGCCAGCUGCACCGAGCCACGAGCGUCGGGGACAGGCUCGUCCUGCGACAGAUGCUCCUGCAGCAGGCCCUGGACAGAUGGAGCACCCUGGCUUCGCCCGGAGCCUCCUACAGCGCUCAGAUACAAAAGGAUUUGUUCUCAGAUGUGUUUUUUGAGGACCCGAUGUUGGUCCAAAAGGUGGGGUUGACGCUGAUAAGGUCUGCAGAGGAGAAGGACUUGAUGCAGGGCAGAGAGAGGCAGUUGUAUGCCGUGGAGACUUUCUCCAAGCUGCUGGAGCUCGUCACCAUCCGCCAUCGUCUGCUGGACUCGGCCUCAGAGACGGCACAUCUGGCACAGCUGUACAGAAACGUGGCCUCGGAGCUCGGCUUCGAUGACUUCCACCUUUACCUGAGGCCGGUGGAGUUUGAGGUCGCUGAACAGAAGGACAAAGUCGAGCAGGGGCCCGUUUUUAUCACAGCGAUACUGGAAGAUGACAGCUGUGUGGACAGGUUCAGCCCCUGCCACCUGCCUCUGAGCAUCCAGGAACUGGACGGGAACCAGAUCGGAAGGUUCAGCUUCAGCUCAGAGGAGGCAGUCAUUCGUCUGAUGAACAAGCAGAGUACUGAGAACCUCCAGGUGACUCUGGCCUGUCAGGUAACACAGAAGAACGCUUUGAUAAGUGCUGUGAACCUGGCUUGUCUUUGUCGCCGGGCGGAGAGUGGGACGUCUUCAGCCGAGAAUGAAGCAGCCCUUCAUUCUAAUAAAGAUGUUAAAUCUGACUGCAAACAUGAAGUCGACAUCAACAAACUGCAAGAAAAAUCAGACUCUUCACCCUCCAAAGGCUCAGCAAGAGCUCCCAUCACCGCCAAGGAGAGGCUGAUGGAAACCUUUGUGUCCAUCCAGCUGGAAAAAGUGGGUCUGCGUGACGAGAUGCUGAAUUCAUUUGUGAAGAAGAAACAGGCCGUGGGGGGUCGUAUAAAAACCCCGGAGGAAGCUGCGACGAUCAAAAGGAGCCUCAUCAUUGACUUUCUCAGGAAAUUCAGCACACAGAUAUCUCAGUAUUGUGUGAGAGCACAGAUAGUUGCAUAUUACUACAGCCUAACCUUCAUUUUGGAUGACAUCCCCUCCAUCCGUCAGUCCCACUUCAUGGUCGGUGAGCCCGGAGUCAUUCUGGAUUCAGGGCUGGACCUUUGCCCCGAGCCCAGGACCUUUCAGCGUCGGCCGCAGCAGCUGCUGUCUGCAGACGGAAAAACUCUCCUCAACCUGUGGUUCAUCCCCCACUUCUCUCAAGUGCUGCACAUGUUCAAAACGCUCAGUGUUUCUCAGGCAUGUGCAGCAGCUCUUCAUCACACUCUGCAGAUAGUUUCAGCUCUUCACGACAUUAUUUAUUACCUGGUUAGCUUCUCCAGACUGGGAAACACAGAUAAGUCCUGCAAGAGAGGACAGGAUGGACCAGACUCACUCGCAGCUGACUGGGGAGGAAGUGAAGGCAUCGGAGCUGAGCUGCUGGAGAUCCAGCGUCAGGUCGACCGUCUGUCUGAGCCCAGCAGCCCGGAGUCUGUCGGCCGUCUGCUGCAGCUGCGCAGGCAGGUCGUCCUGCUGCAGUUUGACACGGCUGUCAGACACCUCAUCAGGGAGGUGUUCCUCUCCUCCGGCGAUGUCACCUCCUACCACAGUGUGAGCGACAACAUGGCCGCUGCCCUUCCUCUGCUGAGUGACAGCAUCCAGACUGACGUGUUCAGCCUCACGCUGCCUGUUCCUCAACCUCUCGAGACACGAGGCUGUCAGGCGCAGAAGAUGUAUCCAUGGAGAAGCUUCACAGCCUGUCAGGGAUUGUUCCCUGUGCGUGUUUGGGAAGUCGCUCCCAUUGAAUACUGCAUGCAGCUGUGUCUGAGCGGUCUGAGUGAUCGCAGCAGACUGCAGGCCAACGCAGCCAUGCUCGGCGUGUCCCUGCUCAUGGAGGACGUCCUGAACAGCGGAGGAUAUGCGGAGCCCGUCCGUCUCCAUGGCAACAAAGACGACCUCCUGCACGAUGGAGAGCCUAAUGAAGUAAAAGACAAACGGGAUAAACUCUGCCCAGAAGAGACUCGAGUGUCAGACUCCGCCGCCGCUCCUCCUCAGGAUCCGAUCAGAGUCCAGUCCGUGUUGAGAGGUUUCCUCCUCCUGACGAAGCAGCUUCAGGUGCUCAAGGAGAGCUGGGCCCGAAGGCGUUUGGGUGUCCAGAUGUUCCAGACGCUCAGUUUGUACCAGCAGUUUGUGAAACUCUACAGAGCUGAAAUCUUUUGCCCGAGUAUGAGAGCUCUGGCUCAACAAAUGGGAAAGGAGCGCGACUACGAGGUGCUAAUUUCUGGCAGCCAGUCUCUCCUGCCCCCGCCUGGAGCUUCAGAGGUUGAUGUGAAAGCCUGGCAGCUUCACAAGCUGCUGGAGAGCACCGAGUGUGACAUGAUCAGAGCGGUGCAGAGGAGGGUGGACAAAGAGCUGACCCUGGUGCUUUCAGAGCGAACUCGACAGGACACAGGCCUCCCAACAGAGCUGUGGAAGAAGGCGCCGCUGAAGCACAGUUUGUCUCCUGAGCGGCCGCAGGUUGUGGAGGCGUUCGUCCAGCAGCUGAUGGAGGGAGCUGAAGAGGCCGAAGGGCAGCAGCUGAGGGUCUCUCAGCACCACCUCCAGCAGUGUCUCACUCAUCUGGGCUGCUCUCUGAUGGAGCGAGAGCGUCGCAGCUUCCUGCUUUACUCGCAGUUUUACGAGCGAAUCCUUCAGCAGGAGACGCAGCUGCUGAGUCAGAGCGAGCAGGAUUUAAAGGAGCUGAAGGACUCUCAGACAAGCGACUCUCACAAAGAGACGGCCGCCGCGUGUCGGGGGUUGAUGUUGGACGUGUCAGCGCUGCAGGCUCGAGUCGCACACCUGGAACAAGAGAAAAACACUUUGGAGGAGCAACUCAGGCUCAGAUUCACCGAACGCUACGACCCUUUGGUCCGUCACCUCUUCUCCACUUGCCUCCAGCUAAAGGCAAGGCUGGACCAGUACCACCAGCAGAUGGGGCAGGAUGUGAGCGAGAUGGUGGGCAGAAUAAGAGCUGAAGGAGUGGACAGAAUCAUUAAACUCAAGAAGAAAUACGGCUGCACCAAAGGCAUGGAUGCACUCGCAGUCACACAGUCACAGAAAGAAGAAGUCCAUGAGCUGCAGCUGGAGAACAGCCGUCUGACUGCUCUGCUCUGUAAACUGAAGGCUGUGAGCAGCUGGAGGCAGCUGGUCGACCAGGGGAAACUCCAGCGGCAGCUUCUUCAAACCCAGCAGAGGGAGGUCACCUGUCGCAUCGAGGCCCUCCGAGCGAAGGUGACGUCGGAGGAGGAGGUGGAGAUCCUGCGGGAGGAGCUGGAGGCGGCGAGGAUGGAGCUGAGCCGAUGCCAGGCCGAGUGCAGCGGCACCAGGGAGCUGCUCAGCAGGAAGACGGAGGAGCUCCACGUGUCCAGGCAUCAGUCCGCACAGGAGGCCCGCAGCAGGCGGGAGCUGGACGGCUAUCGGGUGCAGAGACUGGAAGAGAUGAGAGCCGACGUGGAGGACAGGGAGAGGCAGCUCAGGGCGCUCGGCGAGCAGCUGCAGAGAGGCAGCAGGAUGAACCAGCUACACCGACAGCGCAGCGCCAAAGCGAUCCGACAGGUGAGGGCUCAGCUACAGCAGGAGCUCAGCCUCAAACAAGAAGCCUUUCAGCAAGUGGACAGACUGCAGAACCAGGUGAACAACAUGGAAGCAGCUUUCUCAGGACGCACCUCGACAGCAGGCCAAAGCAGGACUUAUUACACGCUGUCAGUCAGCAGAUUGGGCACCCGGAGUCCCUCAGCAGGUCUACGCAGGGCCAGUCAGCAGCAGCAGCAGCAUCGGUCCUCCCUGCAGCUUGGCAGCCCCACAAAGUCCACCACACUUCAGGACUUUGUCACGGAGUCAAGACACCAGAGAGCCGAGACGGCCAGGAGUCGCUCCAACACAAGAACGGACAGGCCGAAAGCAGAUGCGACUCGUCUGCGGGUCCUGACUGCUGACUCGAUGCUGCCAGACCUGUGAGCUUUGCCUCUGGCUGCCGCGUGAAGCGACACCAACCGACUGAAUAAGCUGGCUGCUGUUUGAUGUGCGCCGAGAUUCAGCCGUCCACCUUCACGUUUACUGUGUCCUGCGCGAACCAAGUCAUAUUUAUGGUGUUUUUAAAAGCUAAAAACAUCAAAAGCUCAAAGAGGGUUUGGCUCUGUUGCAUUCAACAAAGCAUUUUAUUAUCCAUCACAGUCACGUACUGCACGCGUGUCCCUUCAAGACAUCCAUCAUCAUGCAAAACUGAGUGAUUGCAGAAUAUUUUCCAUCAGUUGAAAAUAAAAAGUCUUGUAUUCAGUCUUAAUAAAACUCAGUAUUGUAUGUCUUUAAUAUUUCUUCUUAAUUCUUAAGAUUAAUUUGUGGCUGUCUGGUUUUUGUUUUGUUCUGGGGGCAUUCAAACACUUGAAAGAAGUUCCACCAUUCAAGAUGUGCUUAUCAUUUCUCAUGCAAAAUGUAACAAACAUCACGUUAUGCUUUUCAAACUGACGACGUCUGCUGAUUAGAGCGCUGAUGUUAUCUUAGUGAAGACAUAGCUGCACUGUAAACUGAAAUGUUUCGCUUAGUGCUUUUGUCACAAUAUUGUCGCAGUGAAUGUUAGCCAAUAAAAUCUGAACCUCGUAACUC